UUGUAACCAGCUGCCUACACGUGUGUCUAUGAGCAGGUGAAAUGGCCAGCGCUUCGGUAUUUCAGGACGAGUUCAGCUGUCCAAUCUGUCUGGAUCUACUGAAGGACCCAGUGACUGUUCCCUGUGGACACAGUUUCUGUUUGACCUGCAUUACUGGCUGCUGGGAUCAAGAAGACCAGAAGGGUGUUUACAGCUGCCCCCAGUGCAGGGAGCCUUUCACCCCAAGGCCUGUACUGGGUAGAAACACAAUGCUGACCGAAGUGGUGGAGAAGCUGAAGAAAACUGAAAUCCAUUCUGACGAUAAGGUUGUAUGCUGUACUGGAGCAAAUGAUGUGGAGUGCGAUUUUUGCACUGAGACAAAAGAGAAAGCCAGCAAGUCGUGUCUUACGUGCAUGGGAUCUUACUGUGAAGUUCACAUCCAGCCUCACUAUGAAGUGGCCUGCUUAAAAAAGCACAUAUUAGUGAAUGUCACAAAGAUACAACAGAGGAUAUGCUCCCAACAUUACAAAAUCAUUGAAGUAUUUUGCCGCACAGAUGAGGAGCUGAUCUGUUUGCUCUGCUCAAUGGAUGAUCACGACGGGCAUAAAACCGUCUCCGCGAUAGCAGAACGAACUGAAAAGCAGAAAACGUUGUUAGAGAUGAAGGAGGACAACCGGUGUCUAAUUCAGCAGAAGGAGGAGGAGGUGGAGGAAGUGAAACAGGCUCUGGAGUCACUGCAGGUCUCCGCACAGGCAGCUGUUGAGGAGACUGAUAGGAUCUUCACUGAGCUGAUCAGCUUCAUGGAGCAAAAGCGCUCUGAGGUGACCGAGUCGAUCAGAGCUCAAGAGAGGGCAGAGGUGAGUCGAGCUGAAGGACUCCUGGAGCAGCUGGAGCUGGAGAUCACUAAACUGAAGAGCCGAGAUGCUGAGAUGGAGAAACUUCAGCCAAUAGAGGACCCUGUUGAUUUCCUACAGAGUUUCAAAUUACAUCUCACUUCUACAUCUGAGGAUUUUCCCAAGGUCACUUUUGAACCAGAGUUCUCCUUCAGUAAAAUAUUGAAAGAAGUUUCCCCAUAUCUGAGGGAGAAAACAAUAGAGUUCCUCCAGGAAAUACAUGAAGUCUCAGGCUUCAUGAAGGGGGACAUGGUCAAACUGAAGACUCCUGAGACCAUUAACAAGACUUGUCCACGCAUUACGUACAACACCUGUGGGUACAAGCACCGUUAUGACAUCACUGUUGGUGGUGUGGGUGUGGUAUCAGCUUUGACCGGGACUUGUUUGACUGUUGUUGACUUCCCUGAUCACUCUGGCUGGAAGGGGUUAUCAUCUAAGUUGGAACUGGUUUUAGCAAUACAUUAAAAUUCAGAAACCCUUAUCACGUGUACUUACAGUGACAUUUAUUUUUGACCAAACCACAGUAUCCCUGGUAAAUGCUUUACUUACUGGUACUGGUACCUCAUUUAUUAAUGUAAUGUAAAACCAUUGUAGAAUUUUUAGUUGAUUGUGUUGCUCUUACAUCCCAUAAAGUACAACAAUCUGAAUAUAGUCUUAGUGCAUGCCAUUUUUGCAGUUUGUUAACAUUUGUAAUGUUGAAAUUAAUUGUCCUUGUACCCUAGUCAUGGAGUUGUAUUUGUGGACUCUUUGCUUCUAAAUCAGUAAGACUCUGGAAUUUAUUUUUAUGUGAUGUGUAUUGUAAGGGAAGGUAAAAAAUAAUACAUUUAUAUGUAACAGAUUUAUUAGUUCCAGUGUUUAUUAAGUGCUAUUGUUGGUGUUUACCAGUCAAGUAAGCAAAAGCUUUCAAUAUAACUCUAAACGGACAUCUCCUUGCUUUAUGAAACAUUCCUAAUAAAUUAUUGAACACUAAA